AUGGCACUAAUUCAAAAAGGGCUUCCACCCAAACUUGAAGAUCCUGGAAGUUUCUUUCUACGUUGUACCAUUGGCAGUAUAAUCAUCAACAAGGCAAUGUGUGAUUUAGGGGAAAUUAUCAAUCUAAUGCCCUCUUCUUUGGUGAAAAAGUUGUGCAUAGAGGAAGUGAAGCCAAUACAAAUGUCUCUAGAAUUGGUGGACAAGUCAGUGAUAUGUCCCAGGGGUGUGAUUGAGAACCUUCUAGUUAAGGUGGACAAAUUUAUAUUCCCUGCAGACUUUGUGGUCUUAGACUCAGAUGAGGAUGAAGGUGAUUCCAUUAUACUUGGAAGACCAUCCUUGGCGACAGCAAGGGCCAUUAUAGAUGUGGAGCAAGGAGAGCUGACCCUCAGAAUGCAUGAUGAAAGCAUCACCUUGAAUGUCUUUCUAGAAACACAACACAUUGAUGAAAAGAGAAACUGCGUGGAGACUGAUAAAAAAGACUUGCAAUGGAAGAAAAAAACCAACAAGACAAUCAUUGAUUACCUUCCAAAACAAGAUACAAACAACACAACAGGGCCAAAGGAGAAUGAAACUGUGUAG